GUCCCCGCCGCUUCCUCAGUGCCGCCCUCCGUACGCCCCGCGCCGCGCCGCCGCCCGGGGCGGGGGAGUCGCGGAGAGUGGAUGCCUAGCAGGCACCCACGGGGCAGAGACCAGCGGACGCCAUGGGCUGCUGCAGCUCUGCCGCGCAGAGUUCCAAGCGAGAGUGGAAGCCUUUGGAAGACCACAGCUGUACAGAUGUACCAUGGCUGCUCUUAUUCAUCCUCUUCUGCAUAGGAAUGGGUUUUAUCUGUGGCUUUUCAAUAGCUACAGGAGCAGCUGCAAGACUGCUUUCAGGAUAUGACAGUUAUGGAAAUAUUUGUGGACAGAAAAAUGUCAAGGUGGAGGGAAUAGUCAACAGUGGUCUGGACCUCACACACAAGAAGUAUGUAUUCUUCUUGGAUCCAUGCAACAUUGAUCUAGUACAUCAGAAGAUUAAAUCUAUUGCCUUGUGUGUAUCAGCUUGCCCAAGGAAAGAAUUGAAAACUCUGGCUGAUAUACAGAAGUUUGCAGAAAUUAAUGGAUCCAGUCUGUGUAGCUAUGAACUACAGCCAUCAGAAUAUACAACAGACCCAAGGGCUGCCAAGUUAUGUCCUAAAUAUCCUGUUCCAGAGAGUGCACCUAUUCCAUUCUUCCAUCGCUGUGCUCCUGUGAACAUUUCCUGCUAUGCCAAGUUUGCAGAGGCCCUGAUCACCUUUGUCAGUGACAGUAGUGUCUUACACAGGCUGAUUAGUGGAGUUAUGACCAGCAAAGAGAUUAUAAUGGGACUUUGCUUGUUAUCACUAGUGUUGUCCAUGAUUUUGAUGGUUAUAAUAAGGUACAUUUCAAGAGUACUUGUCUGGAUUUUAACAAUUCUUGUCAUUCUGGGAUCGCUUGGUGGUACUGGAGUCCUGUGGUGGCUCUAUGCUAAACAACGAAUGUCUGCUGGUGCUCUUGAGACCCAAAUAGCCAAAGACAAUCUUCAGGCUCUCUUGAUCUAUGCCAUUGCAGCUACAGUCUUCACGGUUAUCUUGUUCUUGAUCAUGUUAAUUAUGCGCAAAAGAGUAGCUCUCACCAUUGCCUUGUUCCACGUGGCUGGCAAGGUCUUCAUUCACCUGCCACUGUUAGUCUUCCAGCCAUUUUGGACAUUCUUUGUGCUUAUCCUCUUCUGGACAUACUGGAUCACUGUCUUGCUUUUUCUUGGUACUACAGGUAGUCCUGUCCCAAAUGAGGAAGGAUUUGUUGAAUUUCGGAUGGCAGGUCCUUUAAAAUACAUGUGGUGGUACCACGUAGUGGGACUCAUCUGGAUCAGUGAGUUUAUCCUGGCCUGUCAACAGAUGACAGUAGCAGGGGCUGUUGUAACAUACUAUUUUACAAGGGAGAAAAGAAAUCUACCAUUUACUCCUAUUCUGGCAUCUGUUAAUCGCCUUGUUUGUUACCACCUAGGAACAGUAGCAAAGGGGUCUUUCAUUAUCACACUAGUGAAGAUACCACGAAUGAUUCUUAUGUAUAUUCAUACACAACUCAAAGGAAAGGAAAAUGCUUGUGCUCGCUGUAUGCUUAAAGCCUGCAUUUGCUGCCUUUGGUGUCUAGAAAAGUGCCUGACAUAUUUAAAUCAGAAUGCGUAUACAGCCACAGCUAUCAACAGCACCAAUUUCUGCACCUCAGCAAAGGAUGCCUUUGUUAUCCUAGUGGAAAACGCUUUGCGAGUGGCUGCCAUAAACACAGUUGGGGAUUUUAUGCUGUUUCUAGGAAAGGUCCUGAUUGUCUGCAGCACAGGUUUGGCUGGCAUUAUGUUGCUGAAUUACCAACGAGAUUACACCAUCUGGGUGCUGCCACUCAUCAUUGUCUGCCUCUUUGCAUUCCUGGUUGCUCACUGCUUCCUUUCCAUUUAUGAAAUGGUUGUUGAUGUCCUUUUCUUAUGUUUUGCCAUCGAUACAAAAUACAAUGAUGGGAGCCCUGGCAGGGAAUUCUACAUGGAUAAAGUUCUCAUGGAGUUUGUGGAGAAUAGUAAGAAAUCUAUGAAAGAAGCUGGCCGGGGAGGUGGAGCUGAGGGCAGAGAGCUAAAACCAAUGGCCUCUGGAGCAAGUUCAUCUUGAAACUAGCCAGCCAUAUUGGAACCCAUUGACAUUCCAAAACAGUAUAUAUAUACAUAUAUACAUACAUACAUAUAUAUAUAUAUAUAUAUAUAAAUAAACAGCCAAAAUCAGAGAAAAGGAACAGGGAUUUAAAACUUUUUUUAACAAUUAUUUUUGUGAAACAUGUACUCUUUUCAUACGGGUGGCUUUUACAAGCAGCUUUAUCAUUGUUCCAUUUCUUAAGUUAUUUGUUGUGGUCAUGGAAAUGUUGAUUCUUAUCUGCUUGAUAUUUUAAAAUCUGGAGGAAGUAUCAUUGUAAAGAUAAUCUGAAAUCAUGACUGGGUUUAGAGACAGAUUUCCCAUGACACUGCUAAUCUGCUGAGAGUUUUACUUGUUUAAUUUCUUUAAAAUUUUCAUUAAAUUCAGGACAGUGACAUGUACAGAAAACCUUAAAAUCAAGAAAAAUUUCGAAUUUAUUUUUUCAAGAGGUUGUUUCAGCAAAAAUUUGUUCAGUUGAAAUGUGUUUGUAAGCAGUUAUUUUACUUUAUAGCCCUGGCAGGGCACAGUUCUGUUUACCAGUAUCAGAUAUCACAAUAACCAACUCCUCAGGUAUUUAGGUGUGUGGGAGCCCUUGCAUCUCCUAUUGAACAGAACCUACAAAAUGGGGACAGAUAAUUUUUAUAUGCAAUUAACUUCCUGCUUAUCCUACUUUUAUCCCUCAUACCCAUUGCCCUCUAUCCUCCCCCUGAGUUCAGUAGCCUCCUUCACACUUCAGCAGUGUUCCUUUGAAGGGUAUGGAUUCUCCAUACAGACAAGUGAAAUAACAGAUUGUUAAAGCUCAGUCUUAGCCAUACUCAUGAUUAAUUCAUGACUAGAUACAAAGAUGCUGAGGUUGGGAAGAGAAAUGAAUUAUACUGCUGUACAUAAAAAAGUACUGUAUGCUUCAUUUCAUCUAAUGAGAGAGCUCUGGGAGGUAGAAAGGAUCAUUCCUUGCCUGUUGCUUGAUCCAUAUUUGUACAUACUGUAGUGGGUGGCUAAAGCCAGAAAGGGCAGAGAAACAUUCCUUUGGAAGUGUAGCUCCCAGGAUAGUUAUCUGAAAUUAUUAAAUAAUGACAAGAGAACAUGCUUUUUUAUUAUUAUUAUAUACAUAAAUAUCUCUUUAGUCUGGAAGUUCACCAGAUAUGAAUGCUAAUAUUCAAUUAUUCAGCAUAGUGAAUUGGUAAAUGCAUAACUGUAUUUGCUAAGAAUUUAUGAUCUGUCUAUGCUAUAUAUUCCUUUUGUUAACAUUUUUUAAGAAAACUAUUUUUGUUAUUGUAAAAUUAAUAUUUCAGAGCAGAAUUUUUAAACUUAUUGCACUAAAUACAAGCUGUCUUCAAAUAAUGAUGCCUCAAUGGUUCAAUCACUCAUUCCAGAAAAUCUUUUGAAAGAGUAAGAGCCUUUCUACAGAAGCUUUAUGAUAAAGUAGAGAGGUAUGCCUAGGUAAAGACAUGCACAACUUGUGUAAUCAAGGUUUAGUAAGUAAGCAGUUAACUGUGCUUCCUUUCAGACUAUACCAGACUUCUAAAUUGCUGCUGAAGGUUUAAAUAAUUAUGUAGUGUCAUUUAGCUAACUAGUGCUCUUAUCUUUUUGGCAAUAGUAAAACGUUUCACUUUUGCUUCCAGAAGUCAUUUGAUAACUUGAAUUUGUUACUUUUUUUUCCUGUAAGCCAGUUAAAACAAUUUACACUUUUCAUAUCACAGAACCUAAACUAUUUGAAUGGUACAAAAAUAAAGAUACAUUCAGAAAGGAUAGCUGUUGGGGAGGCAAAGAGACUUACCCAGUCCUGGAAGCACUUACUCAUUUAAGUGAACCAUAUAUAUAACUACUAGCAUCAGGAGGGCUCUCUAAGUAUGGAAAUAGUAACAUACACAUCUGUGUAAGUGCUGACUGGACUAGAGCUUCAGCCUAGGGAUCCAAACUGGAGCACAGGUGAGGCCUCUCUGUGCAAAUUAGAGGUCAGACUUGCCCAGAAGAAGCACUGGAGCAGCCUUACUUUUGUGGAGAGGAGACAUUCCUGCAGUACCAGUGUCUAAGAUAGCAGUGGUACUCAACACCACUAUUUGUGUAGAUCAGAGGGAUUUAGCAACACAAAUUUAAAAACUAGCUUAGAUGAAUUUUAGAAACUGGUUUUCAAGACUAAAAGACUUAACAAGUACCCAGUUGCUUCCAGAGAAUCUAGUUUUCAUCUUGUUUGGAGGUUAUUGGAAGUACUUAAUCAAAGAAGCCCUGUAUUCUUCUCAUUUUGAUAAGAAAAUUCUGCCAUGACUGGUUCCACAAGUUUGUGUUCUCCACUCACUGGAUGUCCUGAGUGGGAACUGUACUCUGUAAUUGCAACUAGGACUGCAAUUGGUAACAAAUUUUGUAUUUUUGUAUGACUUGACUGUGCACCAUUUUUAUAGCAGUUUAUCCUGUCUUAAAAAUAAAUUUGUUUAUUUACAUGGUGUUUAAAAGAUACAGGCAACACUUUUCUAUCGGUAGUUGUAAUGUUUAAGUGAGAAACCUAUAUCAUUACAAAGUUCUUAAUAAAAACGUGUGCACCAUUCUUGAGUGUA